CACCAAAUACCUCUCCGCUAAUCAUUCGAAGAUGCAAAUCACUACCUUUCUCACCUCUGCCCUUGCGGCAGUAGCCCUCGCUUCACCCAACAUUCCAUCGAGGAGGCGACAUGAUAAGCGUGAUACUCUCUCAGCCAACUGGUGUGGACAAGUCCUGUCAGGCUUCUUGGACAAUGCCAAAUUUCACAAUCCUUACUAAUCAAACUGCUAAUCAACCUCAAUACAACUAUCAGCGGGUUGGACUGGAUGGUACGAGCUCACAAUGUAACGCUUUACUCCAAGGCGGCACCUUUGCAAUGUAUAAGUCCAAUACCCUAUCAUAUGGAUUUUGGUACGAAUUCUACCCAACCGGUCCCACUCUAAUGGGUUCCCCUACAUUGAGUCCUGGUGACAAUGUAUUCGUGCAAGUAGUGGCAACUUCCAUUACAACUGGAACAGUCUACGUUGAAAAUACUACAACUGAAAAGACCCGAACAAUCAACUUGACGGCUCCUUCGGGAUCCAAACUCUGCCAAACUGCCGUCGAGUGGAUUGAAGAGAACCCCAAUACCAGCAAGAAGGCUUUUCUAACAUUUUCCAACUUCUUUUUCAACGAGUGCUACGCUGAAGACUCCAAUGGGAAGGUUUAUGAUCUCACAGGGUCUCAAGGUCGCACACUGUCCUCGUCAAGUGCUGGACAGCAAUGUCAUCCGAGCAACGCGCAAGGCAGCUCCGUGCAAAUAAUCUACGAUGGACCAACGAAUUGA